GUCAGAUUGCGCGCACGCGGUCUUUCUCUUUCCCCGUCAACAUGGCGGCAUCCAUGGCAUCACAGGCUGUAGCAAGAGGUUUACACGGAGCAAGUGCUAAGUACUUAUUUCUUGACAAAUUCAAGUGUGCACGGGUGAGUUCCAGGCGCUGGCUGAACCUGCAGGAGUACCAGAGCAAGAAGCUGAUGCAGGAGAGUGGGGUGACUGUCCAGCGUUUCUACGUGGCUGACAAUCCUCCCGACGCCCUGCAGGCCGCCAAGAGACUCAACGCCAAGGAGAUAGUCCUGAAGGCCCAGAUACUGGCUGGGGGACGAGGGAAGGGUGUGUUCAACAGUGGCCUUAAAGGUGGAGUGCACUUAACUAAAGACCCCUCUGUGGUGGGUGAGCUGGCCAGUAAGAUGCUAGGCUAUAGCCUGACCACCAAGCAGACGCCAAAGGAAGGAGUGGAAGUAAAAACGGUGAUGGUGGCUGAAGCCCUGGACAUCACCAGAGAGACCUACUUUGCCAUCCUGAUGGACCGGGCCUGCAACGGUCCCGUCAUGGUGGGCAGUCCUCAGGGUGGGAUGGACAUAGAGGAGGUUGCUGACAAAUCCCCAGAACUCAUCUUUAAGGAAGUUAUAGAUAUUUUCGAGGGCGUGCGAGAUGACCAGGCGCUCCGCAUGGCAGCUAAUUUGGGUUUCAAAGGACCUCUGGAAAGACAGGCUGCAGAUCAGAUUAUGAGGCUCUAUGAUCUGUUCCUGAAAGUCGACGCCACUCAAGUUGAAGUUAAUCCUCUCGGAGAGACUCCCGAAGGACAAGUGGUUUGCUUUGAUGCCAAGAUCAGCUUUGACGAUAACGCAGAGUUCCGUCAAAAAGCCAUCUUUGCCCUGGGCGACAUGUCAGAGAGCGAUCCCACAGAGACAGAGGCAGCCAAAUGGGACCUCAAGUACAUUGGCUUGGAUGGAAACAUUGCCUGCUUUGUGAAUGGGGCUGGUUUGGCUAUGGCCACGUGUGACAUCAUCGACCUCCAUGGAGGGAAACCGGCCAACUUCCUAGACCUGGGAGGAGGAGUGAAGGAGAAACAGGUUUACGAGGCCUUCAAACUGCUCACUGCCGACCCCAAGCAGAGAGAUAGGAGGGACGGCGAUUUUCACCGCUGCUUCCUCCCUCCUUCCCAUCAGACGGACCAUCAGAUGCAAGCCAUCAGUCAGGUGGAGGCCAUCCUGGUGAACAUCUUCGGGGGCAUCGUCAACUGUGCCAUCAUUGCCAACGGCAUCACCAAGGCUUGCCGUGAGCUGGAGCUCAAAGUUCCCCUGGUUGUCAGGCUGGAAGGGACAAAUGUGCAGGAGGCCAAGAGGAUCCUGUCAGAGAGUGGACUGCCCAUCGUAGCCGCCAAUGACCUGGAUGACGCUGCCAAGAAAGCUGUGGCCGCCAUUACCAGGAAGUAGAGUGCCUCAGCCUUCCAUAACACUGACCAGUCCUUUCCCCUCUCUGUUCUGAGCACCCUAGUCCCUCCUAACUCCACCCAAAACCAACCAUGCUGGCUCCUGUUCCACUGCACAGGGCAUGUACACCAAUCCUUCAAAUCCCAGUGCAAGAGGUGUCACUACAGUCCCUGGUUUGAAUCCAGGCUGUAUCACAUCCGGUCGUGAAUGGGAGUCCCAUAGGGCGGCGCACAAUUGGCCCAGCGUCGUCCAGGUUUGGCCGGGGUAGGCCGUCAAUGUAAAUAAGAAUUUAUUCUUAACCGACUUGCCUAGUUAAAAACAAAAAAGAGACUAAAUAUUCAGCGCAUCGCUACGUUUCAACCUCCUGUGUUAUCAUGAUUACCGUAACUGCAAUAUAUCAGGUUGAUUUAUCAUAUAGCUUUUAUCUAUUUUCUGAUCAUAAAGUUUAUACUAUAUUUCUGAGAUUUCUUGGUAUUUUUAUGUGGGUGACUCUUUAAUUGUGCAUUCCAUUUUGAUAAGCUGAGAAACUUAAAUCUAUUUCUCUAGCUGUAUGAUUACCUUUUCAAAAAAGCAAGAAUAACAUUGUAUAACAUUGGUGUUAUUGUUUUAUUAAACCAUAGUAAUACAAGAGGAAAGACAAGGAUUUUUCAAGUAAAUGACAUGUUCCAGACUGCAUUUUCAGAUGCCACUGUGAAAUCGUUCAAAAACAUAUCCCAGUAUUCAGGAAUGAAUAGUAGUGUGUAGCUCACUUGACCCGCCUGAAGUAUUAGAGAGCAGCAUUUAAUGGAUUAUGAUUUUGUGUAAUUGUUUAUGCGUUGUAGUAGGUGACCUCACUGUUUUGCCUUUGUUAAAAUCCAGUUUAUUGAUGCCUUAAUCAGAGGUCCUUAGUAUGUGAAACCUCAACCUCACAUGAGUAUUACAGUAUGUUUGAAACAACAUGUAUGAAAUGGCAAAUGUUGUUGCCCUGUUAACUUUGUAAUUCCAUGUAUGAUAUUAAAGUAGGUCUACUACUUUCAUCUAUAUAGCAGUAUGUAACUUUGAUAAAUCAUCUGUGCCUACAUGAUGAGGGUAAAAAAAGGUUUGUGAAGCCAAGCAGCCAACACACUGUCCGUCAUGAAUAAUGCGGUAGAGAUAGUUUAAAUGAUUUUUCUAAAUGUGAAUGUAUGUCAUUCAGUUGAGAUUAGGUCAACUGUACAGUAUGAAUAAUUGGACAGUUUAAUAAAGGUGACUAAGAAUU